UCUAUCACAGUUUAGGUUAACGUUCCUCACGAAGUGCUUUGUUUUCACGUUGGUUUGUGCUAUCUUUGACUUAAGAUCCCUAAAAUGUCAAGCCAGGUUCAAGCCCUCCAGAAACAAGUUGAGCAGCUUCGACAUGAAGCUUCUAUACGCCGCAUUCCUGUGUCUCAAGCCAUUCAAGAGCUUCUGACAUACACAAAUCAAAAUGCACCCAGUGAUGUGCUCUUGAAUGGAAUCUCACAGUCAGAAAAUCCUUUCCGUGAUCAGAAGAACUGCACUAUACUGUAGGAAACGGACAAAAUGGUGAUAUGUCUCUGGACCUCUUUGGAUCAUUGUCUCACUAUGCUAGUGCAGUCAUCUUUGUGUGAAUCCGUCAUCUAUAUACAGCAGCUUGUAAAAUGGAAAGCAUGAAUAGCGAAUUGUACAUGUCUCUGUAACUCACAGGUGUUGUUGGUAUCAGUGUAACAGUAUAUUUGUAUGUAUGUACAAUCAAGAACUUUACCUAAUAAUCAAUUCAUUUAAUUUUUUUAUGAAAACAUAAUCAUAAAGAACUUCUGAUGGAGUGAGACUAUACUUGUUUAGAAUGGGGACCAGCCCAGUUAGUGAAUAGGGAGAUAAAGCACACUGACGGAUUAUACCCUCAUUGAUUGGAUUACUUGGAACUGGAACUAGAAACUGGAAUUCAACAGACUUUAAUCUCUUUGAAAGUCAAUAUCAUUUUAAAAACUUGGAGCAAAUAUAAAAACCAUUUGAUACCAAGCAUUUAAAAUGUUGACUGGUUAGUUAAUGCAAAAUUCCUUAUUCGCUAAUUAAGACGCACAUGGAUUAUCAUAUUCACCAAGCUUUUGGCCAGUGCUGAAAAACAGUUAAAAAUUUAGAGCAAUUUUUUUUAUAUAUGCAAAAGUAUAUUUAUAUCAAUAGUCACCAACAUUUUGGAUUUUUUUUUAUCAUGAUAAACUGUUUAACAUUUUAUUCUAAAAAUUUCAGUUUCCCUAAACUUUACAUCAGCACAUUAUAGUAUAUGUGUAAGUCAAAGAAUAAUGUGAGGCAAUUGUCAGCUUCCCACAUAAACUCGUUAAUUAGAAUAAUUCUUGACCUAAAAUGCCAUUUUCUCAUAUCAGAACUAUGUCUAGAAGCUUAUCUUUUCCAGAAAGACAUCCUAUGUUACAUACUUUUGUUUUCACAACUGCCUCUAAUAUUAGACACUUCCUGCUAACAACCAUGCAUCAUAAAAAUCUCAAAAUGUAUGCAUUUUGUUCGAGAGUAUAUAUCCUAUCUUUAAAGGUAAAGAGUGAACUGCCAAAAAAAAUGUUGUCUUUUCAAUUGAGAAGGGCAGUAAAUAUGACAAGGUACCUUUGUUAUAGACAUUUACCUUGAGAGAAAUGCAAAAUAAUAUAACACCUUUUCAGCUAGUUUCAUGGUGCACAAAGUGAUAUUAGAUUAAUUUUUCUUUCUUUUAUAUGCUGAGCUGUAAUCUUUAACUAAAGAGUGGUUGAGGGUGGAUUUUUACCUUUUGAAAUAUCUUGUUUCUGCUAGAUUUUGUCAUGUUCAAUACUGUAUUUUGUAUUGUGAUCUGUGUAAAUUAAGUUUGAUUUUAAUUGAAAAUAAAUAUGGGAUUCCUAGAUAUAUUCUAUAAUUUCAGGAUUUCUAAGUAUAGAAAAGACUUAUUGUUUAUUCUUUUUGACGCCCAAGUUUAUACAUGAAUAUGAUAUCUGAAACUCAUUUGGCAAAUUUUACUUCUAUGAUUUCAGUAUGUGGUAACUUGCAUUGCUUUUGGGGCAGGUCUUAAUCAAGUUGAAGCAAUUUUUCCGUAAAACCUUAAUACAAAUAGUGUGAAAUAGUUUAAAAUGAUAUUGUCAAAUCCACCCAUUGUGUUAAUUAAUUUCAUGGGUGUUUGCAAAAUUGAUUAUUUCGUAUAAAACUAGGUUCUGAUAAGAAAAGUUUGAUGAAAAUUUAGUUCUUAUCAUAUUUCAUGCCAUAAACUAAAACCUGGGAUGUCGAAUUGGCCUUUUAAGUUUAAGUUUGAAAUUUUAGAAAGUUUCAUUUUAGUAUGAUACCGUUCUUUUUUUUUUUCUGUGAGAAGUCUCAGAAGUGUAUUUUAUGAUGAAAGGUUGGGAAUUGAAUGAAUGAAAAUCUAAAUGUCAUUAGAACAGUGUAUUUAAAUACUUAUGUAUGAGCCAUUUUCCUUUGGCUUAUUCCCAGUAUUUCCUUUUUUUUCAGAUUCUUGAAUGUAUAAUUGAUCCUUAUGGAUCAGUUUCCCCCCAAUCAUUAUCAAUAUACAUGUAGUAAAAUAUGUAGUCUUGUUUGUCAUACUUUUUUCUGAAUAAAUGUUUUAUGCACUUUA